UCCACUUCUCUGGCUGCAAUGCGCGCUCCCGACAGGGGGAUUUUCACAGGAAUUUCUCCUGGUCCCUUUCUGUUUGCUUGAAUCAGUUGACCAGCUGGGUCACGAACUCUGUCAUUCUGUAUUUAACAGUGGAAAGAACGAGAUGCCAGCAACGCUGAGCUUCUGUUUUCUUUUGUUUGCGCUCAUUUUCAUCCCAACUCCCGUUAAGGGUCAUUAUCAGGUAACAAGCUCGGGUCAACCAGUUGUCGCUGCUCCAGGUGAUGAUGUCAUCCUCCAGUGCCUCGUGGAGCCUCAGCUGGACAUGGUGGACAUGACGGUGGAGUGGUCAAGGCCUGACGCCAAGCGUCGGCCAAAGGGAAUGGAAUACGUGCACCUGUACCGAGACAACCACGAGGUUGAGGACAUGAAGAGCUCGUCGUACCACAACAGGACGGCGUUGUUCGCAGGCGGCCUGAGACACGGCAACAUAUCCCUCAUCGUCACCAACGUCACGACUGCAGACGAAGGGGAAUACAAAUGCUUCAUCCCAAAGCUACAAGGCAACACCAAAUCUUCAAUUGUUCGCCUUGUUGUUGCUCAAAACUCAUCGAAAACCAUUACUUCAGAGACACAACUCGAUCCCGAAGCAAAGGGGCAGAAUGUUCUGAACGGCAGUGUGUCCUGCUCCAGCAGCUUUAUUCCUCUUAUUGUUAUCUGGGUCCUACUGAUCUUCAGCGCUUGAGAUGCUGGAUGCUUACUCACUGUAUCCAUGUGUAAGAGCUAAGCAAUUUAAGUUUUCAACAAUAGAAGGAACAUGUAGGCAAUAGGUGGAGCGCCCAGUGUCUUCUGAUUUUUCUUUUACAUAAAAGUUGCUCCUAGUUUGAUGUAUGUAGCUGCUGCCCACUUUUAUCAUCAAACGUUUUCUAAGUUAUGGAAUCCAAUCUAAACUUGUUUGAUCCGAAGAAAAACUGGAAAAGGGGAACAUAUGUGAUUGUAUAAUAUUCCGUUUUAAGACUUUAGGACAUUGCUUUAGCAAAGAAAAAAAAAAGUUGUUUAUCGGAAUGUGGAAAUAAAGCAGUCAUGCAACAAUCAAGCAUGAGACAUACUUCUGAUUUGCACUUAGUCACAGAAACGCACUUUAGGCCACAUGAUGUGGUCACAAUCUUUUUUUUGCUGUAAUGCUCUUAGAACCAUUAGAAAAUUUGUUAUUCUGUUUAGUUUUAGAUGUGGAGUUCCAAGUUUUCAGUUCAAAAAUUUGUCCAUAAAAAUGUUACCGUUUUCUUUAAUGCACUUUGUUUUUAUUUAUAUAUGUCCCUACCUUCUGCUAUGGCACUUUAUAAGCUAAGGCACAUAAUUGCAUGAUGUCAGCUGAUGUCCUCAACGGGUUUUAAAUAAAAGUACACGCUUGUUCAAAAC